CAUGGAUGUAUUAAGAGAACGCGCCGGCACCCGGCACCGGACGACGAAUUAGCGUUUCCUAGGAUAUGAAUUAGGAUUGUUCUGAUAGGCUUAACCUGGUAUUCUUACCCUAACCCUAACCAAUCUCAUUCCUCAUGCCUAAACCUAAUCAAUCCAAACAACGAAGGCAACGAGUAGGCUACUAACCAAUCAGAGGCAGUAGCGUGGGUCAUGCCUUCGCCAUCCUAGCUAGCUAGGCACCGGGCACUUUCUCUUAAUACAUUCAUGACCAGGCAGGCACCGCCACCGCGGCAGAUCUGACCGACCUUCCGAAGUCAUUUUACAGGGAACCAGGAGGACCAGCUGGGCGCUCCCGCACAUUCUAGCCUCAUAGAAUGGGAAAUCUGCUGUUCGCCAUCGGGAAUGAUGCCCCCAUGUCUGAACAAGUGAAUGGAGGGAGGUUCAUUACCAAAAGGAUCAGCAAUGGCAUAACUUAUUAUUACACUCCUUUCUCCGGGGCAGGGGAACAGACCGUAUGUGCUGCCAAAGCAAACUCUCAAACCUCCACUGCUCUUUGCCCCAUAUCACACUCAUGUCUGCCCCUCAGCGACUCCACCUCUGCAGAUCCUGCCUCCUCUCCGUUGCUCUCAGAUUCACCUUCACACACACCUGUUUCCUCCCAAAACCAAUCCGAUUCUGCAGCCACUUCCCACCCUCUUCUUGUUUUCUUUUCCUGGCUAGGUGCCCAGCCAGGGGUGGUGGGCAAGUACAGGGACCUUUACUUGGACCGUGGCAUGGAUGUCCUCCUGGUUCAGACUAAUGUAAUGCACUUCCUGUGGCCUCGAUGGGGGCUGGACCACGGGUUGGAGGUUUUGAAGGUUCUGGAGGAGCCUCAGUUCUCAGGGAGGGCGGUGCUGGUCCACGCCUCCUCCAUCGGUGGCUACACUUUUACCCAGACACUCACCCACAUUGCUCAAGGACAGAAAAAACAUGCAUGGCUGGCCCAGAGGGUGAUAGGGCACAUCUAUGACAGCUUGGUGGUUGGCACUCUGCAUCACAUGGCGAUAGGCCUCGGCAAGACUCUGAUGCCACGUUUUUCGAACUUCAUCAAAAACAUCGCCAUGCUUUACUUUUGGCUCUUCAAAACCCAGACAGCAGACUUCUACAACAACAGCAUCCAGGUUUUCCGCAACAGCCCAAUUACUGCACCGGCCCUCUUCUUCUUCAGUGAAAACGAUGCCCUGUGCAACCUGGCUGACAUGGAAACUUUAAUUGACCUCUGGAGGAAGAGGGGCAUGACUGUGGAGAGCAGGAAGUGGAAGGAGUCGAGACAUGCAGCCCACAUGCGAUGCCACCCAGAAGACUACCUCUUUACGCUGGAGAAAUUCUUGAACUCGUUGCCCAUUUCCUCCCCCAAUGCAAAAAUGUAAACUGCUGGGGGUGUGUUUGUGUGUGUGUGUGUGUGUGUGGGGGGGGGAGGGGGGGCUACUAGCAUGGCUACAAGCAUGGCUAUGUUCAGAAGAUUGUGUCGUCCGGUGACUGUCCCGCGCAGAAGCUCAAGUGAAGAAAAUUACUCCAUCGCUACUAGCAACUGCAUGUGGGAGGGUGGGGGGGGGCACGUCUGCGAUCACGUAAGGCUUGUAUCAUGUGGAUGCGCCGACAGUGUUGUUGUCAUUACUUAGAAUUCCUCAUGGGGGCGACAAACUAUGCACUAUAGCUUUGAGCAUGUUUGACUUUGUUGUUUUGAUUUGAACCAAUGUCACAUUUAAAGGGAUAUGCACUUAUGUAAUCAAUUACUGUGGAGCCUUUAUUACGUGAUGCUUGUUUUGCACAUGAGCUGUUGUUGCACCUUGAUACCAGAGGUUUUUGCACAAUAUGUGAAAUAAAACUUUUCAAGCUCAUGGUGAA